GAUACUAAUAUUUCUUCAGUCGUAACGCAACUAUUAGCUUAGUUUCUGUGCUUCCGUCCAUUUGGACGGUUCUAUUUAACGCGUAAAUUCAAAGUCAUUUAACUUGUGCACUUGUGAAUUCCAUCAUUGUAUCGUGCUCUAUAAAUAUAAGAUGAAAUUAUAUUCUGUUUCGGACGGCCCGCCGUCUCUUGCAUGUCGGAUGCUUCUGAAAGCUCUGAAGGUCGAUUUUGAACUGAUCAACAUCGAUUUUGGGAAAGGCGAGCAUAUGACUAAGGAAUACGAGAAGCUCAAUCCGCAGAAAGAAAUACCUACUCUCGUCGACGGUGAUCUUGUUAUGGGCGAAAGCAACGCUAUCUUACAAUAUCUAGCCGACCAAUAUGACACGAGCAGCAAGUUUUAUCCGAAGGACAACAAGGCGCGAGCCAUUAUCAACCAUCGUCUAUGCUUCAAUUUGGCGUUCUAUUAUCGCAAUAUCUCCGAGUAUAUUUUGGCGCCGAUAUUCUACAAUUACCAACGCACUCCGCUCGGUCUGAAAAAAAUGAAGAUCGCGUUGGACAUCUUCAACACGUACUUGGAACGCGGAAACUGCGAGUACGCAGCGGGCGAUAGUUUGACGAUCGCCGACCUGCCGCUAAUAGCCUCGACAAUGUGUCUGGAGGUCAUCGACUUCAAAUUAGACGCGUGGCCCCGUGUGGCGAAGUGGUACGACAAUUUUAAGCAGAAGUAUCCCGAUCUUUGGGGAAUAGGCCAGGAAGUGAUGCGAGAGUUAAUCUAUUUCGAGAAACACCCGCCCGAUCUAUCUGGGAUGGAUCACCCCAUACAUCCGGUGCGCAAGAGCGCGUGAAGAACUUCACUUCGUCCACACAAUAUUACGAGGACACUUUGAUCCAUAUUCCAUUGGUAUUUAGAAUUGAUAUUUUUCAGUCGAAACAGAAAAUAGUUAUUAUAUUAUAUAAUUAUCAACAAGUUAGUGAUAGUUGUAUCACAAAAGACUUGUUAUCUUUUUCUAAUAAAUUCUCGUAGGAAACUGAAACACCAAAGAAAAAUAGGAAGUCCUGCUUAGAUAUCCAAAAAUAUACCGUUAUUGUUUAUUUUGCUCGUGAAAAUGAUCAAUCCUUCUAAAAUGGAGAACUUUAUUUUCUGUUUUAUUUGACAAACGCGACAAAUCUGUUAUCAACUUAAUCAACUUAAUAUUAUGUAUCAUUACCA